AUGAGAGCCGGCCGAGUCGGAGGAGGAGGGGCCGCCUAUCGAUCUAAUAAAUUGGCGUCCCCAAUUUGUUCUUCGCCGGCGAUUAGUCUGCUUUGUUGCGGCGGUCUAAAUAAACAGAGGAGGGGAAGGGGGGAUUCGAAUAAGGCCAGCUCAGGCGUCCUCCGUUGUCACAGAUCCAAUAAGAUCAGCCAUGAAGAACAAAAACGGUCGUCCCAGAAAUCAGCUCUCAACGAAGCCGCUGCUGGCAACAAGAAUGGUCGUCACAGGCGGAAUGUAAGUGUGCCUGGUGUUUGUACACAACAUAAGGUUCAUCCUCAAAAGGCUGAUUAUCUGUUGUUCCAGCUAAAUGCAACGCAAAAGGCAACUCGCAACGAAGCCGCUGCUAGCAACGCAAAUGAUGACAGGCUUAGCAAGCUGCCCAAUGACCUUCUUCUCAACAUUCUGGAGAGGGUGGACACACUCGACGCUAUAAGGGCCUGCAUCCUCUCCAGGCAAAUGCUGAAGCUCCCCACCAUGCUCUCGCGCUUUUACCUAAGUGUUAGUUCCAUUCCAGGUCUCCAGGCUAAACCACCUCGCGCUGUCACCCUCAAGGAAGUGCUCGGAAUCAACAGUGCUUUGUCUCAUGUAACGGAUAACAUCUUGAGCACAAGGAGCCCGGAGGUUACCAUCAGCAAACUCAAAAUCAGAUUUGUCUUGUUGCCUGAUGACUCCCUUGCCAUUGGAAGAUCUGUCGCCCGCGCCAUGGCAACCCAGAAGCUUGGUGCAGCUGAGUUUGAGAUCGUAACGAAGAAGCGUUAUAACCUCUGCUCUUCUAUUGAUUUCCUCAACUUUGCCAAGCAGUUCAAUGAUUUAGUUGGUGCUUGUCCGCAUGCAUUUGCUGGCCUUACGAGCCUGUGGCUGGAAAAUAUGAGGUUUGGUGAACUGGACAUUCCCAACAUCCUCAGCACUUGCAAGCUCUUGGAGUAUUUGCGUUUAACCCAUUGCGACUCAGGGAUCUAUUCUGUGCUGCAAGUAGAACACACUCAACUUGUUGAGCUCGAGAUCGACCAGGGGAAAUUUCAGAGAGUUGAGCUGAUAUGUCUACCAAAACUCCAACGGUUGACCUAUAAUAAUUGGUUCUCUUGUGAGGAUCCGAUGUAUUUUGGUUUUGUACCACAGCUUUCAAAGCUGAGCCUUAUUAAAACUGCCACCCGUUCGGACAAGUCUCUCAAGUUAAGUCAACUCCUUGCUAAUGUUCCUUCCGUAGGCGAUCUGCGUCUGGAUUUUGGAAGUGAAAAGAUCUGGGUUCUACCAGAAUGCCCAAAACUGCUCAGGCCUGUGCUCAGCAAACUACAGCAUGUGAAUCUGGACCAUCUCCCUGAAGGAUGUGAUUUAGCUUGGACAAUGUUUAUUCUUGAAGCUGCACCCUCCUUAAAAGAGCUAUGCAUCACAGUAUGGGAUCAUUGGUGCAUAAUGGUGAAAGACAAAGAGUUUCGGGAGAAAUAUGGUUACUGCGAGAAGGCAGACGUGAAGUGGAAGCCAUAUGCCCCUGAUUUCAAGCACAAGAAUCUGGCUAAGCUCACCAUCUAUGGCUUCCAACCUGACGACAAUUUUAUGCGAUACGUCAGGUGUGUCGUGGAACAUGCCAUUAAUAUAACAGAGAUAUCCCUGUCCGACAGGAAGGGGUGUAGGCGGUGUGGUGACUUGGAUCCAUCAAGAUAUCCACGGACUGCCGGGGAGAGGAAACAGACAGCUGACGAGUUGGGUUUGGCUUCGGGUGUUGUGGUUCAUUUCCGGUCGUGA